AUGUCGGGGCGGAGCGGGCGCGGGCGCGGAGGCGGGGGCGGGAGGCCGACGAAGGCGGACCAGCUGAUGCAUGGGGCCAUCGACCACUUCGGACGGAUGGGCUACGCCGAGUCCGACAUCCGCAGCACCGUCGGGCAACUCAUCGAGGUCUAUGGGGAGGAUGCUUCGUCGUUCCUGAAGGAAGACGACUACCGGGUCGUGCAGGACGCGCUAUUUGAGAAGCAGGAGCAGGAAGAGCAGCAGCAGCAGCAGGAGAAGCCUAAACAAAACGAAGCAGCAACCUCUGAGGCACGAACAGCAAGUGACAUGCCAAUUGUGGACAUGCACAAUGAGAUGCCACCUGGGGCUGAGUUAUCAGUUGAGGGAGUAGACCCUAUGCUCAUCGACCCGCCUGCUCCUGAGGCUACAAUGGCACCUCCUGCAGCUACAGGAACUAGUAGAGCAGGGCGUCCCUGCUAUGGAUGGAUUAGCGAAUCUGAGAGUGAUUCGGACUAUGAAGAAUACCUCGCCAGUCGACGACAGGCGACACAUGCUCCAAUCCCAGGAAGCGGCUGA